GACCAAUAGUUACGCGCACCUGGGGACGCAGUGCUUAUUCUUGAAGUGAUGUAGUGAUUCAGUUAUGUUGAAGUUGUUUUAUUUUUUAAGGGUUGUAGGUGUUCGACUAAGGUUGUCAGGUGUGGUUAACGGUUUGAAUACAAUGGGGAAAGGAGUGUUUUAUUAUGCUGUGCGACGAGGUCGGAUGCGUGGUGUAUACCCCAGCUGGGAACAGUGUAAAGAACAAGUAGACAAGUUUCCUGGAGCCAGCUACAAGAAAUUUGCUCUGGAAAAUGAUGCUUGGGAGUUUAUUGGUACUAGACCACAAGAGAACAGCUGUUCAACAGAUAGUGCAGAAUUUAAUAGCCCAAGAUCUUAUGACAAGGAUGCUGCAGAACAAAGUGACUCUAAGAAGAGGUCACAGACAGAGACUUCGGAAGAGUUGUAUUUGUCAAAACGCCGCAAAACUACAGAACCAUGCACUUCUACUUCAGAUAGUGAAACGUUUACUUACAUGGGUGAUGCAGCUGUUGUAUAUACAGAUGGAUGCUGUACAAGUAAUGGAAGAGAGAAGGCUAGAGCUGGAGUUGGAGUUUACUGGGGGCCAGAUCACCCUCUGCAGCCUGCCAAGCGAUUGAACAAGCAAAAAAACAGGAUAUCAAGAAACUUGUUAUUUACACAGAUAGUAAAUUUACAAUUAAUGGAGCCACUAAAUGGGUGGAAUCAUGGAAACGCAAGGAUUGGAAACUAAGUACAGGAAAGCCUGUUAUUAAUCGGGAAGACUUUGAAAGGUUAGAUCGUGCCAAAGAAGGAAUGGACAUCACAUGGAUGCAUAUUCCAGGACAUGCUGGAUUUAAAGGAAAUGAAGAAGCUGACAGAUUGUCAAGAGAAGGUGCAAAGAAGCCAAAACAAAAGAGCCCCCAAAAGAACUGGCAGUAUCACUAGGCAUUCCUUUUUGUUUCAGGUAUUCACUUCAUGCAGCUGAUUCUUAAACAGCAUUCACAAGGGGCAGAUGAAUUCAUUAGCCUUUGGACUGCUUUUGCAAUAGCACCUUUCACAACAUAUUACCUGAAAGUCGCUUCUGAACCAGUUGUACAGAUCAUUGUUGUAUUUAAACAUCAUCCUCCCCAUUAAAUGCAUAUAGGGCUGCUACUUAAAUCUUCCACUGGUUAAACCAGACAUGCUUGUUCAGUUACUCUAAAGUGUAUUGGUGCCUAAAACAAUGUUUGAACUUUUAAAUUGUUAUAGCUAGUAAGGUUCUUUUAUAGGGAGGGUUGAGAAGUAGUGCAUUCCUUAAGUUUUUUGUUGGAGUAUAUUGCUGCUGUUAAGUUUUGUUAAAGAAAGAUGGAAAAAUCAUUGGAGUGCACCAAGGAAACUUUGUAGUCUUAGGAAUGCUGCAGGAAACCCAAAACAUGGUGUGUGGGAUGUUUUAAGUUCUUAGAUGAAUGACAGCGCGUACUGUUCAUACUCUAACGAGAUGUAAUACAGUGUGCUAGAAUUUGUGGCAUACUUGCCCUGAUGUUAGGCUGCAGACCAUGAUCUCUUGAACUUGAAAUGGUGACAUCACCAUUUGAGCAAGAGAGAGACUUUAAACUGCCAUUGAAAUGGUGAGGAUGCAUUGAUUUCAGUUUUCUCAAAUGGUACCCUAAAGGUCUGACAUAUCAAAUAGAGAAAGACUCUUAUGAGAAUAAACACUAGCGAGUUUGUACACUUCUUUGUACCCUAAUAGUGAUUUCCUAAUUCAGAAUUUUGCCUGCAGUGCUGGUUAGUAAAUCUUGGAGUAAUAUCUCAGACCAGGUAUGCUCUAGAAAGUUUAGUUUUACUUUUUUAAUCCAGACUUUCAUUUUGGUGCUUUUUUGUACCAUAUGAUAAACUGAGCUUUUGACAUAAUUUUGUACUUCUAAAACAAAUGGUUUACAAUACAAAUGUAGCAACGUGGAAAAAAAAACUAUUGAGUUUCUAGCAAAUUUCUUAAGCUUUUGCUGAAUCUCCCUGUCAACAUUCAUGAGGUGUAAGGAUUCAGAAUCAUAGGACACUUGAAAAUUUGAUUUAGUUUGCCCACAUUCAUGCUUGACUGAAUAGAAAGCUGCACAAUGUCAAGAUAAUGGAGCAGGUUUUAACUUUAAAACUAUACUGUCACAUCUAAGUGUAAAAUGGUCUCUCAUUAUGUGCAUUUUUGUUGAAUUUUUAUUAAAGUUUUACGCACUGGAA